UCAUAGACCUGCCUUUCCGAAGACCCAGUGCCAUUCUGCUCCAGGAAGCUGCAGAAAGAGCACCCUGCACUUACGUCUCAGAGGCUCUGGUGUUGAUGAGAAACUUUUUUGCAUGCAUUUGUUAAUAGUGAAAUGGAUUUUCCAGGUAAUCUAUAUUAUCUGUUAUCCCAAGGUGUAUGAACCUUUUCAAGAUGUAUGGAAUAUCACAUGUUGCAUCAACACCAAGAGCAAGUUCAGCAGCGUUUGAUGGAGAACACAGACGCAGCCUCUCAGAACAUAUUUUGCGGAGUUAUGCUUGUGCCUUUCUGGAUGAUGACACUGCCUACGGGUGUUGUUCCACCGACCCUCUCAGAGGCCCCCUCUUCACAUGUCGCCGCAGCCCACGACUGCUUUCUAACGGUUAUUACAUUUUGACAGAAGACAGUUUUCUGUCUGAUGAAGAGGGCAACAUAACGCUGACACCAUCCCAGACAAGUGUUACAUACAAAGAGAACUUAGUUCGCAUAUUCAGGCGGAGGAAGAAAAUCCGCCGCUCUCUUGCCAACUUGUUCAGUCUCAGUGCCUCCAGCUCAUGGCUCAGCAGCACCGUCCUCAGCAAUAUGGGGUCCUCCCAUGGGGAUGAUUCUUGGCCUGAUGGAUGCAGUAAACUAGAGGCCAGUCAGGCUGAUAUUGGCGAUUCAGACUUUUCCUCUGAAUAUGAUAGCCAUGUGCCACAAAGGCAAACUCCAGCAUCCGUUGGAGCUUCUCUCAGCAAAGAUGAGGAGUUUAUUCAGCCUGGGAAACCAUUUUGUGCUUCAGCGUCCUGCUCUCAGUUCAUGAUAAAUGCAAAUGAAGGGACACUGAGUAAGGCAGAAUCCAGCACAGUGCGAAAUGUUCUUGCUCAGAUGGCUGCACUGAUCUUGUGUUUAAUAAUUUCAAUAUGUACAAGGUAUUUUCUGGGAGGAUUGUCUGCCACUUUGUUGCUGAUAAUUUUAGUUUUUCUUUUGUCCCAAGAUGCUGCUCUUUCAUCUUUUUUCAGUCUUGUCACAUCUUUCAAAACAGCUAAGUUUUGGAAUCAUUGAAAAGCAAGAAUAAUUGGUGAUGUGCUCUUUGGACAAGAUUUAUUGGUACUUUGGUAUGAAAAUGAAAGCCUAAUUUCAUUACAGUUGGUUACUAAGUAACUGUUAACACCAUAGAAUAUAAUGAUAAUGAUAAUAGUAACAACAAAACCUACAACAAUAAUUACCAUAGAAUCAAAGAAUCAUAGAAUCACAGAAUGGUUUGGGUUGGAAGGGACCUUAAAGAUCAUCUAAUUCAAACCUUCUGCCAUGGGCAGGGAUGCCACCCACUAGAUCAGGUUGCCCAGGGCCUCAAUUAAAUAAGAAAUAAAUAGAAAGGCAUAGUUCCAGAUUCUGAGUGGGUAUCAGUCAGUUGAUUUCCAUCUAAACCUCUGAUCUGCAGAAUUUUAGCAGCUAAAAUUUGCCUGUGGACAUCAAUUCUCUAGGGCUAUAGCACCUUACAUGAGUAUAUUUUCAUGGAGUGAGCACAUAUUCAAGAUAUUUCUGAUGCACUGUGAUGAUAACGCUGUAAAGCUUAUUUUGUUAUGACAUGGAAAGAUAUUUUAUAUUGUACUGUUUUAUGCAUUUAACAAAUAAACAUGUAAUGUAUUAAAGCA